GGACCUACCCCGUCAUAUCCCUGGGCCAAUUCUAUCGCCGGUUCGGUCAGUCGGGAAACGACGACACUUUGACGAGUCGCGCGGUGUGGCAUCGAUUCGCUGCUAUUAACGUCGGGGAAGCGCAGCGCAGCGCAUUUCGUUUAUUUUAAAUUAUUUUGAAAACAAAAAUUUUUUUUUGGUGCUACGAGCCGAAUCCCCGUGACGGAAAAACGGACGAGAAUUGAAUAAUUGAUCAGGCGAGAUAGGCCGGAUAAAAUAGAGCCCCGAGGGUCGCACCCUGGCCUCCGAUAGCUCGGAUACCGCGUCUCAGAUUAGAAUUGAAAAAUUAAAUAGAAAAAAAAAAGCAAAACAAAAGAAUAUCGGAGUAAAGAGUUCCCCGUAAAACGUGACAUUCCCCCUUUACCUUUCCGAUCGCCCCUGCGAGCGACACACUCACGCCCAGAGUUCAAUCGCCCUACUGCUGUCGUUCUAGAAUCCAGCCGAAAUUCGGACGAGAUGAUCAACCUCGUUUACUCCGUUCGCCUCUACGCGCGUUCGUCGUGAAAGGGGUGAAAAUUAUUUUCGUCCGAAUGAAAAGCUCGAAGAAAACGGAAGUUCCUCGAGGAGAAAAAUAAUACACGGGGUGAAGAUCUUGCUUUGAGAUUUCCGAUCGCGAAACUUAUCUAUUCGAGCCCUUCGUUUUCCAAACCUUCCUUUUCAAAGUCUGAAUAACAAAACUAUAUCGAUAUCAAUGUUGUUUUCGUGCGUAAUUUGACACGUCUUAGUGAUUAGUCACGUUAUCAAUCGUAUUGGUUAUCUUCAAAAUAAUCACUCUCCGAAAAUUAUAAUUGUACACAAUGACUAAAAUAUAGGAUACGUCGUCGAUGUCGUCGAUAUCGUGAGAAAAAAAAAAAGAAAAUAAAAUCAUUCUAAUAACGACGAUAAUAAUUCAUUGAAAUCAUCGCCGCAACGUAGUUACAUCACAGGGUAUACGGGGGGGUUGUAAAACGAAAAAAGAAAGAAGAAGAAGAAAAAAAAAAAACAACACACGUUGGAAAUAAUUGAAAUUCAUCGUUGAAAUUUAUCGAGAAAAAAGAAAUUGUUGUACUCGUCCAGUGUGAUCGAGGGGUGACGUAUAAGUUCAGUGUGCGGCGUUUGAAGCGUAAAAAAAAAAACUGAAUCGGAAUAAGAUAAUAAAAAUAAGAAUUUCAGUGCGUGCGUGCGUGCGUCGAGUGUGUUGAGAGAGAAAAAAAGGAGAAAAAAAAAAGGAAAAAAAAAGAAAAAGAGGAGACGCUAAGCGUUUAUAUUUGGAUAUGCCGAACGAACCAGCGGGACAGUUCACGUGAUACUUGUUCCGUCGUCCGUGCGAGGAAAAGAAGAAGAAAAAUAAAUAGUUUAAAAUAAUUAAGAAUGCGGUCGCCCUCGCGUACAACCGAACGAUAGCAUGACAACUCCGUACGUGCAAUGUGGAUCUUGUAGCGUGGAGCAAAGGAGGAGGAUAAAUUUGUUUUCUUGCGAGGCGGAACGCCCGAUCGUUCGACGUCGUUGCGCCGUCGGGUCUACCCGCAGCGGAAGCGACGCGGUCGAGGGUACCGAUCUCGUGUCGUCGGGAAUCUUCGAACUUUCAUCAACACCGACUAAUGAGCGGGGAGAACGGCGGAGGCGCCGUAGCUUCUGCGGCAGCGGCAACGGCCUCCUCUUCGUCGUCAUGGGGACAAAACGGCGGAGACGUGGCGGCGAACACGCAAAAUCAGCAGGCGGCCGCCACCGCCGCCGCCGCCGCCUCGGUAUCGCAGGUGCAAACCACGCCGGCGAACGCGGCGAACGCUAGCAAAACGCCGGCCCCGAAGAGGCCGCAGAGGCGAGGCGGAAAACCACCGCCCGACAGACCGAUAAGAGCGCUCUAUUGUCUGCCCUUGAAAAAUCCUCUGAGAAAAAUGUGCAUCGAAGUCAUCGAAUGGAAACCCUUCGAAUGGCUCAUCCUGCUGACGAUAUUCGCGAAUUGCGUGGCCCUCGCCGUCUACACACCUUAUCCGAGCAGCGAUUCCAAUCUGACGAACACUUAUUUGGAAAAAAUCGAGUACGUUUUUCUGGUGAUAUUCACCGUGGAGUGCGUGAUGAAGAUCAUCGCCUACGGAUUCGUCGCCCACCCCGGAGCCUAUUUGAGAAACGGAUGGAAUUUGCUGGAUUUCACCAUUGUCGUGAUAGGAAUGAUCAGCACGUUGAUGACGAUUUUGAUGAAGGAAGGAUUCGACGUGAAGGCCCUGCGAGCCUUCAGGGUCCUUCGGCCUCUGCGUCUCGUCUCAGGGGUGCCAAGUUUGCAGGUCGUUCUGAACUCGAUUUUGCGGGCUAUGAUACCGUUGCUGCACAUCGCGCUCUUGGUGCUCUUCGUGAUUAUUAUUUACGCCAUUAUCGGGCUGGAGUUGUUCUCCGGUAAGAUGCACAAGACGUGCUGGAACAACAGGACCGGCGAGAUGAUGGAGGAGCCGCAUCCCUGCAGCAUGGACGACGGCGGUUUCAAGUGUUCGGAAUUGGGGGCGGAGUACGUCUGCACGAAAAGAUUUUGGGAGGGUCCCAAUUCCGGUAUAACGAAUUUCGACAAUUUCGGACUAGCCAUGCUCACCGUGUUCCAAUGCGUCACACUCGAGGGAUGGACGGACGUUCUAUACGCGAUCGAAGACGCCAUGGGAAACAGCUGGCAAUGGAUCUACUUCAUUUCCAUGGUGAUACUCGGUGCCUUUUUCGUGAUGAAUCUGAUUCUCGGUGUGUUGUCCGGAGAGUUCUCCAAGGAGAGAGAGAAGGCGAAGGCGAGAGGGGAUUUCCACAAACUCCGCGAGAAACAGCAGAUCGAAGACGACCUCAGGGGCUACCUGGACUGGAUAACUCAGGCCGAAGACAUCGAACCGGAAGCCGACGAGCCUCAGCUGAUGCAGGACGGAAAGCCCAAACAGCAGAACGAGAUGGAGAGCACCGAUCAGUUGGAGGGCGACGAGGACGUUCAGCAGGAGUCGAUUUGGAGUAGAAAAAAACGGGACCUCGAAAGGGUGAACCGGCGGAUGCGGAGGGCUUGCAGGAAGGCGGUGAAAUCUCAGGUGUUCUAUUGGCUGAUCAUAGUCCUAGUUUUUUUGAACACCGGUGUCCUGGCGACCGAGCACUACAAGCAACCGAAAUGGCUCGAUAACUUUCAAGAAGUGACUAACGUCUUCUUCAUCGGAUUGUUCACCAUGGAAAUGAUGCUGAAAAUGUACAGUCUGGGAUUCCAGGGCUACUUCGUCUCGUUGUUCAACCGUUUCGAUUGCUUCGUCGUCGUGGGUUCGAUCGGCGAGAUGAUAUUGACGAAUACGGACGUGAUGCCGCCGCUCGGCGUCUCGGUUCUUCGGUGCGUUCGACUCCUCAGGGUGUUCAAAGUGACCAAGUACUGGCGAUCGUUGUCGAAUCUCGUCGCUUCCCUGCUCAACUCCAUUCAAUCGAUCGCCUCGCUGCUGCUCCUUCUAUUCCUCUUCAUCGUUAUUUUCGCCCUCCUUGGGAUGCAGGUGUUCGGUGGUAAAUUCAACUCCCCAGGUUCGCAGGAAAAACCGAGGAGCAACUUCGACAGCUUCUGGCAGAGCCUGCUGACCGUGUUUCAGGUGUUGACCGGCGAGGAUUGGAACGCGGUGAUGUACGUCGGUAUAAAAGCUUACGGUGGAAUGUCGGAGUUCGGGGCGUUGGCCUGCGUCUAUUUCAUCAUACUGUUCAUAUGCGGAAACUACAUCCUGUUGAACGUGUUCUUGGCCAUCGCCGUGGACAAUUUGGCGGACGCCGAGUCCUUGACGGCCAUCGAAAAGGAGGCGGAGGAGGAGGCGGAGAAGAACAAAUCCCGCAGCGGUUCGCCGAACCGAGGAGGACGCGGCAGCGAGGACGAGGGCGACGACGGCGAAGAAGGUACGGGAGACGAAGAGGAAGAGCAGGAAGAGGAGGAAGACGAGGACGACGAAGGAGGCACCGAUCUCGAGCAAGAUCCGAACGAGACCAUAGAGGACUACGAAGCGGCGUUGGACACGGAAACUUCGGAAAAGGGCGACGAUUCCAACAGCCGGACCAAAAUGCGUAUGGAGGUGGAGUCGGAGGACGAAGAAAUGGGAGGCGGUGGUCUGGGAGAGGAGGUGACAGCGCGACCCAGGCGAAUGUCCGAAUUCAAUAUGGCGACCAAAAAACAACCGAUUCCAGCCGGUUCGGCAUUUUACGUAUUCUCGCAAACGAACAGAUUUCGGGUGUUCUGCCAUUGGUUCUGCAACCACGGAUACUUCGGCAACGUUAUCCUCGCCUGUAUCCUGAUAUCCUCGGCCAUGUUGGCCGCCGAAGAUCCCUUGUCAGCAACGUCGCCUCGUAACCUCGUCCUUAACCACUUCGACCAUUUCUUCACGAGCGUGUUCGCUAUAGAAAUUUGUCUGAAAAUGAUAUCCUACGGCUGCGUCGUCCACGAGGGUGCUUUCUGCCGGUCGGCCUUCAACCUCCUCGAUCUCCUGGUGGUCUGCGUCUCCAUUUCCGCCUGGUUCAUAUCCCGCGCCAUGUCGGUAUUGAAGAUUCUUCGUGUCCUCCGAGUCCUGAGGCCUCUUCGCGCCAUCAAUCGAGCCAAGGGAUUGAAGCACGUAGUUCAGUGCGUCAUCGUAGCUGUUAAGACUAUCGGAAACAUAGUCCUCGUCACCAGCCUACUGCAGUUCGUGUUCGCCGUCAUUGGUGUUCAACUUUUCAAGUACGUAGUGAAAUGCGUGAUUGUCGCCAUAAAAACCAUUGGCAACAUUAUGUUGGUCACCUAUCUCCUACAGUUCAUGUUUGCUGUUAUCGGAGUCCAACUGUUUAAGGGGAAGUUUUUCUCCUGCAACGAUGGAUCCAAAAUGACGGAGAUGGACUGCCAGGGAACCUAUCUGGUCUUCGACGACGGCAACAUCGACCGGCCGUCGGUGAUAAACCGAAGUUGGAGCCGAUAUAAAUUUCACUUCGACGACGUCGCGAAGGCGAUGUUGACCUUGUUCACCGUCUCCACCUUCGAGGGAUGGCCGACGCUUCUCCACGUCUCGAUUGACUCGAACGAGGAAAAUUACGGACCGAUUCACAACUUCCGACCGAUAGUGGCCGCCUACUACAUCAUCUACAUCAUCAUCAUAGCCUUCUUCAUGGUCAAUAUAUUCGUCGGUUUCGUCAUCGUAACUUUCCAAAACGAGGGUGAACAGGAGUACAAGAAUUGCGAACUGGAUAAAAAUCAGCGAAACUGCAUCGAAUUCGCACUGAAGGCGAAACCGGUGCGACGUUACAUUCCGAAGCAUCGUAUACAGUACAAGGUCUGGUGGUUCGUUACGUCGCAGCCGUUCGAGUACACGAUAUUCACCCUGAUCAUGAUAAACACCGUGACCUUGGCCAUGAAGUUUUACGAACAGCCGGAAUUCUACACGGAAGCACUGGACGUACUGAACAUGAUAUUCACGGCCGUUUUCGCCCUGGAAUUCGUCUUCAAGUUGGCGGCGUUCAGAUUCAAGAAUUAUUUCGGAGACGCUUGGAACGUUUUCGACUUCAUCAUCGUCCUGGGAAGCUUCAUCGACAUCGUUUACUCUGAGGUCAACGGGACUAUUGAGAAAAUAGCGAAUAGAAAUCUUGGACGGCCGAUGCGAACUUCCGGGAAAACGAGAUCGCCGGGUUCGACCAUCAUAUCCAUAAAUUUCUUCCGACUGUUCCGCGUCAUGCGACUGGUCAAGUUGCUCAGCAGAGGCGAGGGCAUCAGGACCCUGCUCUGGACCUUCAUAAAGUCCUUCCAGGCGCUGCCCUACGUCGCCCUGCUGAUCGUCAUGCUCUUCUUCAUCUACGCCGUGAUAGGGAUGCAGGUAUUUGGAAAAAUCGCGCUCGACGCGGGCACCGCGAUACACCGCAACAACAACUUCCAGACGUUUCCGCAGUCGGUUUUGGUCCUGUUCAGGUCAGCCACAGGUGAGGCCUGGCAGGACAUCAUGCUGGACUGUUCGUCCCGGCCUAACCAGGUGAAGUGCGAUCCCAACAGCGACGAAUCCGGCAACUGGGCCGGAUGCGGUUCGGACAUAGCGUUUCCUUACUUCAUCUCGUUCUACGUACUCUGCUCUUUCCUGAUCAUCAACUUGUUCGUCGCCGUAAUCAUGGACAACUUCGACUACUUGACGAGGGAUUGGUCGAUCCUCGGUCCUCACCAUCUCGACGAAUUCAUCAGACUCUGGUCCGAGUACGAUCCGGACGCUAAGGGCCGCAUAAAGCACCUUGACGUUGUCACUCUGCUGCGAAAGAUAUCGCCGCCGUUAGGAUUCGGCAAACUCUGCCCCCACAGGGUAGCCUGCAAGCGUCUGGUGUCGAUGAACAUGCCCUUGAACAGCGACGGAACGGUGCUGUUCAACGCCACGUUGUUCGCCGUCGUCCGAACCUCGUUGAGGAUAAAAACCGAGGGGAACAUCGACGACUGCAACUCGGAGCUCAGGGCUGUGAUAAAGAAGAUCUGGAAGAGAACGAGUCCGAAAUUACUGGACCAGGUUGUUCCGCCCCCCGGAGUCGACGACGAGGUGACGGUGGGUAAAUUUUACGCCACUUUCCUGAUCCAGGAUUACUUCCGGCGUUUCAAGAAACGGAAGGAGCAGGAAAUGAAGGAGGGUGACAAGGACUGUCACAACACCGUGACGCUGCAGGCCGGUCUGCGUACCCUCCACGAAGCCGGGCCGGAACUGAAGCGGGCGAUUUCGGGCAACCUCGAAGAAUUACUGGACGACAAUCCGGAACCGACGCACAGGAGGAACCAUUCGUUGUUCGGCAGCGUUUGGUCGAGCAUGCGCAAGGGUCACAAUUUCCAUCGCGCGAAGUCGUUGAAGGUCAAUUCCGCCGCUUCUAAGGUUUCGCCGACGAAUUCCAUCGACUUCCUUCCCUACUCGUCGACCAUGAGGGGGAUGAACGACGGCCAGAACCAGAUAACGGCGAGGUCGCACCAAGUGGUACCGAAUAUCGCUGGCGGACUCAGCGACGGCGCCAUGAACGAGAUGGGAAUGGGUGAGAGGUCGAUUCGCGGCGCCGAGGAAAACAUCCCCCUGCGACCUUUGACCGUAUUCGGGAAUUCCCCGGGCGUACAUCAGAUGAGCUACCAAAACGCUUACAGAGUCAUAGAUCUUCAGGACGGAUUCGAGCGGCAAUUGAUGCCACCGAAACUUCCGCCGCGGAAGCAUCGGCCGACGUGGAGUCCCGCCGCGGGCGCGAGUCCCGCUUCAGCACCGUCGACCUUGACGGGUGUCAGCGGAGUCAGCGUCCUCGCGACAGCCGCUACCACUGCGACGUCGGGAUUCGGGGGUAGAAACCUGAACGCGACCGGCCAAAGACAGACGCGCAAUUGCUGCGCCGAUUGCAACGUGUGGACCGACACCGUCACCUGGUCUGGCGAGAGUAACGGAAACGCCUCGGCGCAACGUCUCACCCACAGUCUGCCCGGAAGUCCGGCCGACCGGAAGCCGAACUUCGACGUUAUCGGAAGCGCGGAGAGUCUCGUCGGACGAGUCCUCGUUGAACAGGGUCUGGGGAAAUACUGCGAUUCGGAUUUCGUGAAGUACACGUCGCGGGAGAUGCAGGAGGCGCUGGACAUGACGAAAGAAGAGAUGGACCAGGCGGCGCAUCUGCUGCUUCUCAACGAGCAGAGGGGCAAGAAUCUCACCUACCAGCUCCAACGGUCCGAUCACGAUCAGCAAAACAAUCAGCAAAUCGUCAACUAUCCCGGUGGACGACAGCUGCAAACGCAGCAACAGGAGUACGCGCAAAAUAACCGGCAGCCCGUCAGGCCCCAGCGUCAGAGUCAACGGCAACAAAAACAACAACAUCAACAACAGCAACAACAACAGCAACAACAACAACAGCAGCAACAGCCGCCCUCCUAACGACGGGACAAUUGUUCGAGGGCACGCUGCGCCGUGCGUCUUUGAUUUUAUUGUCGAUAGUGCAAAACUGAACAAGAGUCAGAAAAAAAUUCCAACGCACGUUCCGACCACGUGUUCGUUGUGAUGUGUUAUUUGAUAACGAUCGCCGAUCGAUUUUCCCGACCUGGAAAUGGUCUUUGCGUUUUCUCGAGGAGAAAAGAAGAAAAAAAAAAAAUAAGAAAAGUUUUACGGGGGGCAUACCUCUGCGGACGGUUAACUCCCCCGCGACAGGCGGCUCGAGGAAUCGCCGAGAGUUCUGGAAAAGUGAAAGAUGAAAUAUUUUUAUCCUCUUCGUCGACCGCGCGGGUCCUAUCGCGAUAGACGGAAUAACGAACGGUUUGACGGCGGAUAGAAAAAAAAAAACAAUAAAAAAAAAGAAAUCGAGAUUGAGAAAAUGAAGGAAAGUAAGAAAGAAAAAAAAAAAUUGGAACAAAAGAUCGUGGAGAUGCGCAAUUAAAAUAAAAUAAAAAAAAAAAAAGUAUAUAAUGAAGAAAUAAAUUCGAGAGAGACGAGAAAAACGGUUGAAAAAAUGGAUAACGGAAAAAAAAAAAAGUUCAUCGUUCCAACGGUACGCGUUUGUCGAUUUCGCGACAACGCCGUGAAUUUUUUCGAUCGUAGAGUUAAAUCCGAGGGUAAAAUUUUCUCGUCCGUGUAAAAAACGAAACUCGUCUCGCUACAAGCAAUACCCUCGUUUCCUUAUUGAACGUGUAAAUUUUUACCCGCCACAUCGGUCCAAAAAAAAAGUAGAUAUAUACUGUAGCGUAUACACCCAAAAUAGGUAGGUACAUAUUAUAUACAUUAUAUAUAUAUAUAUAUAAAUUAAAAUGAACAAAAGAAAAAAAAAAACUGAAAAAAAAUAUAUAUAUAUAUAUAUAAUAUGUAUAUUCUGCGAUAUUUGUGUCUAGCCAAAAAGACCCGACGAUUUAUAUAUACAUAAAGUUGACUAAUACCGUGCCCGGUUGAAAAUCAACACGCGAAGCACACAUUAAAGCUAUUGUAUAGUUAUAUAUUGUUUAUAAAGAAUUUUGAAUAAAACUAACUAAUAACUAAAUAAUAUUAAUGAUAUUUGACGAUAUUUAUAAUUAAUAUAUGAUUGAAAGAUGAAAAAUUGAAGAAAGAAAAAAGCGAAAAAAAAAAACCACAAAAAAAAAAAAAAAUUUUACCACGCAGGAUAAUUGCAGUGUAUAUGUUCAUGAAAAAAAAUUGGUAUUACGAUAUUAGUUAUUGCACAAAAAAAAAAAACUUUACAUUGUUACCUAAAUACUUGUAAGGUAUACAUACAUACUACAAAUAUGCGUACAUAUUAUUUGUUAGUUUACGAAGUGUGCAGAAAAUUUAUUAUAAUUAUAUAUAUAUAUAUACAUAUAAAAAAAAAAAAAGGAAUAAUCGAUGAAAAUAUUGACAAGUGCCUAAACAACUAAUUAACUUCUUUCGGACCAAAGAAGACUUUGUUAUCAACUUUAGCCAAUAAUAUUUUACGAUUAUAUGAAUUACAUACAUACAUACAUAUUAGAUAAAUAAUAUUAAUGUCGAUCCGCCAAGAAUUUUUAAAAUAUUUGAAAAUAAAAAGAGAAAAAGAAAAACUAUUUCGUGAUGAGACUAUGUUGUAUUGAGAUUCGAAAUUGGACGACGACGAUGUGCAAUAACGUUCUAACCGCGACAUUGAAACGAAAUCCCGCGACUGAUGUAUUUGUUCGCAGUUUUCCAAAAAUUUUUUGGAGCGACUAAUUUUAUUCUUUUUCGCUGGUUGGGACGUUCUUUCCUGUCACCGUCCGACAACGCGCAGCCCAUUCUGAUGAGGAAAUAUGAACGCGGACCAGAAAUUUAGGUCGAGUCACAGUGCUCCAAAAGAACAAAUAUAAUAACGCAUAAAUGAUGUUCUUUUUACCCCUGAUAGGACAAGAUGUAGAAAAGGGAAUAUAAAAAUUCCUAUUCCAUGUAACAAUGUCUUGAAAAAUUCGAGAAAACUGCAGGUAUUGGCUCACCUUUUACGUGACGAGUAGUCGAAGACGCGCCAUAAAAUGGUCGACCGAUCGUGCAUGUCUCUUAUGACGAAGGACUUCGUCCUAAAAGGAAUGAAAAAAAAAAAUGAAGAAGAAAAAAAAAAUCACCUAUUUUUGUUACAUAAAAAGAUAAAGUAUCGCGACGAUGUACAGUCUGUAGCUGUAAUUAUUAUAAAUUAAAUAGUGGAGCGGUUCAGGGUGGGGGUGAGGAUGAAUAAGUUUGCGUUUCAUGUAGUAGAUAAUUGCUCAGAAGUUUAUUCUAUUCGUUUAAUAUUCUUUAGUUAUUUUGUUUCCUUUUUUGUCUUAAUUUCAUUUAUUUCGCUAUUACGCUAACCACAAAUGUUCAGGCAAUAUUUAAGGUACCUAUACACGAUUAAUGAAUGUACGAAACCUUAUGAAAACAUAUUAUACAUCCCGGUGAAUGAUGAAACAAACAAACAAACAAAAAAAACAAAAAAACAACAAUGGGGUGAAAUUUUUUGUUUCUGAUUAUGGUGUUGUAAGAGAUGAUGUGUCAAAUUAAACUUUUAAGAAUGA